AUGAAUCCGGAUGCGUGUGAUCCACUUGCUCAUACGAGCAUGUACCAACGUGCGGAAGAAGAUAGCGACGAUAGUGAUGGAGAGGGCGGUCUAGGAAAUGUGAGCCGUGUAAUUGUUCGACCGCCAGGACACAGCGGAAAGGCUAAACGUGGUCACCUAUGCUUCGAUGCAGCGUUCGAAACCGGAAACCUGGGCCGGGUUGAUCUGGUCGGAGAGUUCGAGUAUGAUCUGUUUCUGCGUCCGGACACAUGCAAUCCACGGUAUCGGUUCUGGUUUAACUUCACCGUGGACAACGUGAAACAGGACCAGCGAGUUAUAUUCAACAUCGUCAACAUGAACAAAAGCCGGAACCUGUUUAAGGAUGGCAUGACACCGCUGGUCAAAUCAACCAGCCGCCCCAAGUGGCAACGAUUGCCCCGGUGCGAGGUAUUCUACUACAAAUCGCCAGUACAUCAGAACCACUAUGUGUUGAGCUUUGCCUUCGGGUUCGACAAAGAAGAUGAGGUGUACCAGUUCGCACUUACCUUCCCCUACUCAUACUCCAAGAUGCAGGCGUACCUGAAUGCUGUUGAGCUCAAGUUUCCGGAAACCUUCGAACGGUCAACGUUGGGAAUGAGUAUCCAAAAUCGUAAACUGGAAUUGAUCACGUUCGACGAUGUGAAGAAACCGGACAAGAUGGACCCGAAGAAUGUGAUCCAUAUGGUUGUCAUAUUGGCCCGCAUACACCCGGGCGAAUCCCCGGCAUCGUACGUGGUGCAAGGUUUGAUAGAAUUUCUAGCCGCCGCUAAUCAACCCAUCUCCAAGGCAUUGCGGGAACACGUUGUGUUUAAAAUCGUACCGAUGCUCAAUCCGGACGGUGUAUUUCUCGGCAACAACCGUUGCAAUGUGAUCGGUCACGAUCUGAACCGUUCGUGGAACAAGCUGUCCCAGUAUACGCACCCAACGCUAUCGGCUGUUAUGAAGAUGCUGAAGGAGUACGAUAAUUCAAGCUGUUAUCAAGUUGACUUUGUGAUCGAUAUCCAUGCCCAUUCGAGCCUGACCGGGACGUUUAUCUAUGGUAGCACGUACGACAACGUGUACCGCUACGAGCGUCAUCUAGUCUUCCCGAAGCUGUUCGCUACCAAGUGUGAGGACUUUUGCCAGGAGCACAUGAUGUUCAAUGCGGACGAUCGCAAGUCUGGUACGGCUCGGCGAUACUUUGUCGAAGCGCUCAGCGACAUUGUCAACACGUACACGCUGGAGGUGUCCAUGUGCGGGUACUUGCUGAACGGUACCAAUAUUCUUACGCAGUACACGGAAGAUGGAUAUAUGCGAAUUGGAAGAAAUCUAGCCCGUACAUUCCUGGAGUAUUAUCGAUUCACCAACAUUUUGCCCAUUCCUCCAGUCGAUGAACUACGGCCCCGGAAGGGUCGCCCUAGAACACACCGACCACGGGCCCGUUCAAAAACACGCAGCGAAGUACGUGUCCGGCCGAAAACGACACGUGCUUACGCUCCGAUCAGCUACACAGAUCUGUCCAUCUGUUACGAUAGUGCCACUUCGGAGGAUGGUUCUCCGGUGCGGUAUAUGUACGGGCAGGGUAACGCCGGGUAUGGCGGGUUCCGGAUGCGUCCACUCAUCCAUCAGGAUCAAUUUUCACUGUCCAACAUUCAGGCGGCACGGUUCAGCAAUCUUGACUUCACGAGCGAUUUUCGACUAAAGGUACCGAAAGUGAAAGGUACCGCACAGGAACCAAAAAUGCCACCGAUCGAGAUGUUGAACAUACCGCCCAAACCGCACCUGACGAUUAUCGACUUUAAUCAACUAACGCGCGGUGGCCUGGAUGAGGCAACCUCGGGCAAAACGAUCGAGCGCGAAAAGGAAAAGAUCCGACGGCACACGGUCAAAUCGUCCUCACGGAAAGCCUAA